AUGGUGAUUGCCGGUGUAUCUGAGCCGUCGCCAGAGCGCGCUGCCGCCUCGUCGGCUGUGGUCGCCCAGCCUCAGUCGGGGCCCGGAAUGGCGACCACGGCGACGAAGCCCCCUGUACCGCCGGCUCCGAAGCUCGUGACAACAGUCGCUGAAAAGACUCUUCCCCACGCACCCGCGGAUCCCCUUGCCGUGCCAGAUGCGGGCCCGUCUGCCCCUGUUGCUGUUCCGUCCGCUCCGGCCGCUGCUCCUGGUCCCCUAGCUCUCCUUGUCGAGCCGCCGGCAUCUGCUCUUGCUGGGGGUGCUGCUGAUCCCCCUGUUCCUGUCCCUGGUGCCCCCUGUGCACCGCCCGCUUCUGUCCCCGACGUGUCUGCUCCGGCUUCUGCUUCGUCACCGCAGGCAGCGUCCGCCACCACUGGCGGCCGGCUCCGUCGGUUGCGCCCUCAGCGGCGGGAGCGCAAGUCGUCUCGUCGCCGGCGUGAUUCUCCACGGCGUUACCAGCAGCAGUCUCACUGGCCUGCUCACCCCGGUGCUCAGGGGGAGUGGAGGGGUCCCCGCGGGCGUGGUGGCGGUGGGGGGUACCACCCGCCCGUGACGAUGGCAGAUCUUCAGCGGGAAGUGUCGAGGGCGGUACGCGAGGAGAGGGUGGCGCAGAGCCAGAGCAGUUCGAUGCGCGCCUCGCCGGCCCACGAGGCUCCCCGCCAGCCUGUGCUCCCAGUGAGUCCUCCGCCUGUCGCCGCACCCCCUCCUCAGAUUCACCGCCCAACGGCUCCUGCUCCCGCUGCGUCGGCACCCGCGCUAGGAUCGCGUCUCCAUUUGCCGCCGGUUCCGCCUGUUGCGGGGGUGGAAUUUGUGUCCGCGGGUGGUGGUGCGGCGGCGACUCAGUAUUCUCAUCACGUUGCUGCUGAUGAGCCGCUCCUGUUCCUGGCGGAGGCGCUUCAGCCUCCGCAGACGCGUGUUCCCGAGGCAACGCUCGGCCAGCUCCACCGCCUUGCGGAGAGUCUCCACGCGUUGUUGUUGAUACAGGUUGUUGCUCACUCGUCCCUCCCCGUGAUCCCACCUGAGACGUUCCGUGACCGCCCGCGUGAGACGUGCUUGGAUGCGGCGGACCAGCUCGCAGUGCUACUGGCGCCCGUGCUGGCUGAGCCCGUGGAGGGUGGCGCUGCUGCUGCGGGACAGCUCGACGAGGCUGUUCGGGGCCUGAGGCGGCACUUGCGCGCAGGAUCUGGAGCCGCGGCGAUCGGCGCAAGCACGCUUGUGGUCCGGGAGCUGUGGCGCUCCCUGACUGGCGUUCUUCACGCCCUUGGAGCUCACUGCAUGUAG